GUUUAGGUAGCCUUCCCCAGAGCCGAACUUCUGCUUCCGGUCUUCGGAUCGGUCGGCGGUAGCUAUGGAGGAACCGGAGAUGCAGCUCAAGGGAAAGAAAGUCACAGACAAGUUCACUGAGAGCGUCUAUGUCCUGGCCAACGAGCCGUCCGUGGCCCUAUACCGGCUGCAGGAGCAUGUGCGCCGCUCUCUGCCCGAGCUGGCCCAGCAUAAGGCCGACAUGCAGCGGUGGGAGGAGCAGAGCCAGGGAGCCAUUUACACAGUGGAGUAUGCCUGCAGCGCCGUGAAGAACCUUGUCGACAGCAGCAUCUACUUCCGCAGCGUGGAGGGUCUUCUCAAACAGGCCAUCAGCAUCCGGGACCACAUGAACGCUGCCGCCCAGGGCCACAGCCCUGAGGAACCACCCCCGCCCUCCUCAGCCUGAUCCCAGAAGAGACUUGGAGGUGCUUUGGCCCCUCUGACGCAGGCAGAGCCCAGCGUGGCGGUUACCCACCCAGCUCAGGAAUCUUCGCCCCAUUGCUGACCUGCCGCGUGACCCUGAGAAAGUCCCUCCCCUCUCCGGUCUCUGCUUGUCCCUUCUGUCAGAGAGGCUCGUCAGGCAGCGGAGGGUGCUGCGCCCAGUGCUGUGUGUCAUAGCUGUCAGCUACUGCUGCAUGACAGACUCUCCCAGAACUUAGGGGCCUACACACCAGUCGUGGGCCUGCUCACAGUUCUCCAACGUGGGCUGGGCCCUGCUGGGCAGGUUGGCCGGGCUGACCUGGAGGCCGCCAUCUGGCACUCAUCAGAGUUCGCUGGGGCUGCACAGUCAGAGGCGGCCUUGCUGUCACGUCUGAAUCUUGACCAGUGCUGUCUGGCUGCUGGGGGUCCAGUCCUCCUGGGCACGGCCUCCCGGGCAGGCCAGCCCAGGCUUCUCUGGGGACCGGGUGCCAAAGAGAGCAGCCCCGGCGUGCAUGACGUUCACCUUGCAGCUGUUCCAUUUGUCAAGGCCAGCCACGUGGCCAGGCCCAAAAGCCGAGGGGAGAGGCCUGCAGGGAGGCAUCAACACCAGGAGUGUGGCUGAGCGCGUGAGGAGAGCACAGCGCCCAGGAAGGCCGCGCAUGUUGCUCUUCUGUGCCCGUGGAGGGCAGACCCCGGCAGAUGGGAGGCCCCUGAGGGACUUUCUAGCCCUUACUCUUGUAGCUCUCAAAGCCCUGCUCAUUUGCCAGGCACUGUGAUGGCGCUCUCAGAGGGCUGGGGUGGGGACCAGGCCUUCACAGCCCCAGAGCAACAGCGCCUCCCCAGAGCCGAGAGGCAGCAGAGCUCCUGCCCGUGCGGUCUAAGGACUUCAUGAACAGCUGCUGGAUGCUACGUUUAGCUCUCUGGGGGUACUGGGGAGUCCCACAGGCUGUGGGAUCACCUAGGGGGCAGCGGCAGGGCCUGGAGCCGGGGGAGCUGCCAAGAGGGUCAGCAGCCCACCCCAGUGGCCUGCACAGGGUUGCCCACCAGCCCUGGGCCAUCAUCUCCCUCCACCCAUGUCUUUGCCCUGGUCCCUCCCACCAUCCAGCCUCAAGGGUGCUGCCCUUCCGACACCCCGUGUCUUCUACCGUCCCUCUGCUGCUGCAGCCCCUCGGAAUAAAAUGCU